AAUAAUUCUGUGUAUACUGUGGCUUCAGUACAAUCGAUUUUAUUUUAUUGGUUUUUCGGUUUUGACAAGGAAAAGAACAUAAAAAGCUCAUCGUAAGGUGCGAUGUGUUUGCCUGUUUUUUAGGUUUGAAAAAUUCAACCUAUUUUGCGCUAGAAAGGUGUUCACGUUAGAUUGGAUACGACCAGGAUUGUUAACUUCCCUUUCACAACAAACAGAGGGAUUUAAAAAUAAAUUUCAGCCAUGGCUAAAAAAUUCCUUCAUUUAAGAUGCCAUGCUGCAGUUUAGCAACAACAAAAAAAUGAAAAAGGCUGUAAAUUUAUUUUCUUUUGGACGUGGGAGAUGACAUAUGAUUCAAAUUGAAAGUCAGCACAGUUGUGUACCAAAUGGAUACAGUUCGUCCAAAGAUUGCCACAGGAAGGGAGCAUCCUGCUUACAAACAUCCACAGCACGCUCAAAAGGCAUUUGAACUACUAAAUCAGAUGAGAAAAUCUGGCUUGCUGUGUGAUGUAACCUUGGUUGCAGGGGAUGUAGAAAUCUUGGCUCACAAGAAUGUUCUUUCAGCAUGCAGCCAGUAUUUUUAUGCCAUGUUCACAGGGGAGAUGGCUGAAUCAAAGUCUGAUUGUAUCACUUUGCAGGCCAUUGACCCUAAGGCACUUUUACUUCUUGUUGAUUUCAUCUACACAUCAGAAAUUUAUGUCACAGAAGAAAAUGUACAGACAUUGCUGCCGGCAGCAAACCUUUUACAGAUUACAGAAGUACAUGAUGCUUGCUGUGAAUUUCUGACAACCCAGCUUCAUCCUUCUAAUUGUUUGGGGAUUUGUGAUUUUGCUGACAUCCAUGCUUGCAAUGAUCUUCUCCACCACGCACAGACAUACAUUGAACAACAUUUUACGGAGCUGGUGCAUUAUGAUGAGUUUUUGUCCCUGAAUGCAGAACGCGUUGCUAAGUUAAUAUCCAGUGACAGACUGACUGUUUCUGCUGAGGAGCAAGUUUAUGAGGCUGUGAUGUCCUGGGUGAAUCAUGACUUACAUAGGCGGCAGGAACACCUUGAGAGAUUGCUUGAGCACGUGCGACUGCCACUAAUGGCACAGGACUAUAUAGUGCAACGGGUAGAAGAGGAACCACUUAUCAAAGGAAAUUCUCGCUGCAAAGACUUUUUGAUCGAAGCCAUGAAGUAUCAUUUGCUGAAAGUUGAACAGAAAAUCCUUUUUAAGACUCCGAGGACUCAACCGCGAAAUCCUAUUGGACUUCCAAAGGUUCUUCUUGUUGUUGGUGGUCAAGCACCAAAAGCCAUCCGGAGUGUAGAAUGCUAUGACUUCAGUGAAGAUAAGUGGCAUCAGCUGGCAGACAUGCCAUCAAGGCGUUGUCGUUGUGGACUGGCAGUUUUGAAUGGCUUGGUUUAUGCAGUUGGUGGAUUUAAUGGUUCGUUAAGAGUGAGGAGCAUUGAUGUGUAUGACCCAGCAAAUGACACAUGGAAUUCAUGUCCAAGCAUGGAGGCAAGACGAAGUACUUUAGGGGUGGCCGUUCUCAAUGGCCAUAUUUAUGCUGUUGGAGGCUUUGAUGGGGCCACAGGUCUAGACUCUGCAGAGUAUUUUGAUCCACGUACAGGAGAAUGGAAGACAAUAUCUUGCAUGAGUGUGCGACGCAGUAGUGUGGGUGUUGGGGUUGUUGGAAAUCUUCUCUAUGCUGUUGGAGGAUAUGAUGGUGCAUCAAGGCAGUGUCUAAGUUCAGUUGAGUGUUACAAUCCUUUGAAUGACUUGUGGAUGAUGGUGGCAGACAUGUCAUGUCGACGAAGUGGAGCAGGUGUUGGUGUUGUCAAUGGUCUGCUGUACGCAGUAGGCGGCCAUGAUGGACCUCUUGUCAGAAAGAGUGUGGAAGUUUACAACCCAGACACCAACUGCUGGUCACAGGUGGCUGACAUGCACACUUGUCGAAGGAAUGCAGGUGUAGUGGCAACAGGUGGCUACCUGUAUGUGGUAGGUGGAGAUGAUGGUUCCUCCAAUCUUGGAUCUGUGGAAAUGUUUGAUCCCCAGUCUAACACAUGGACAUUGCUGAACAGUUCCAUGAUGACCAAGCGGAGUUAUGCUGGCGUGGCUAUCAUAGAGAAGCCAACUUUGUAACCAAGGAUGCUUGCUGAUAGUCUUCAGUAACAUCUGGGAUACAUUGCAUGUGUUCAGAAAGGUGUAAACAGCAAAUAAUGGGCAAAUAAGUGUGCCGAGUGUAUGUGUGUGCUCAUUUUUAUUUGCAUUGUAUGUGUGAAUGUAUACUUGCACCAGUCUGUAUAUAUAAGUGCAUGUGUGUGUGUGAGAGAGAGUGUUUGUAGAUGUGAGAAAGAGGAAGGAGAGAAUUAAUUUAUAUUUCAUGUCUACAUAAAAGUUCUGAGGCAAAUUUUAGGGAGAUUGGAGAACAGCUGAUUUUGGUGCACUUUUGUUAUUCACUACAAGAAGUGAAUGCCGUAUUUUGUCUUAAGCUAAAUCGGCGAGGAUACAUAUUUUGUAUCAUUCUGCCAGAAGGGAUUUUUGAUUUCUGAAUUAAUGAAUCUCUUUUGAAAAAUAAGAUGCUUUGGACAAAAAAACCAACGAACACAAAUCCGCUUGCUUAGACAUAUACAUGUAGAUAUUGUAAAUUUUUUAGAUAUGUUCUUUUGUAAGUUAAAAACAUGCAAAAUAUUUCAGAACAAAAGUUUAAUAAUAAUUGACCCCACAGCCUCACAAGGAGAUCUGAAUAUUUUCAGGAGCAAAAUAAAAGGCCAUAUUUUCAUAUAAGUUUAGUUUUUAAAUGCAGCCUUGGCAGUCUAACAAUUUAUGGUACUAAUGAAAUUUGAGUCUUGUGGGGAUCUUGUUACACACGUGCCAUACUGGUCUUGCAUCCUUACAUUUUGUGGAAACUGAGUCUUUGUAGGUCUGGUUUAUCAGUUCAUAUGCCAGGAAAAAAGAGUUGCUGUUUGUGGAAUCAUUUUUUGUGUGGUUAUGUUUAUGAGUGGUGGGUGAGAAAACAUUUCAAAUUUAGAAGCUUUUCGUUGCAGCAGAAAGUUUGAUAUUUAAAGUCUGUUUUCAAUCUGUGUUGAUUUUUAAAAAAUACUGUUUCUUUAUGCUUUGAUUUUUAUAGGAACAAAUAAUCUUUCAAAAGGAUCAUCUGAAGAAGCCAGUCAUUGAAGUAUUGUAUGAAUUCCUCUUCAUUGUGCAGAACAGUAUUAGAUGAUUUCAGUCCUCAAAAUAUCAGUUUUUCUUUACAGGAAAUUCAGUUUAUGAAUUUUGAAUUUCCUCUUGCAGAUUCUGUGUCAUUAGAGUUGUAUGUUUGGCUGAUGUGUAAAAUCUGCUUGCUGGAGUAUGAAUGCAGUAUUAUUUGACAUCAACAAUCACAUAUUUUAUUUAUAUAAACUAUAGAAAUUUGUUAUCCCUAGGAUUAUUUUGGUCACAUUGUGGCUAGAAUAAGAUUUUUUUGUACUUGCUUAUGAAGCAUUUCAGUAAAGUAUUAAUCAUUUAUUUAAAAUACACUGUGCACUCCCAAAAACAGUAAUUGAACUGGGCAUUUUAGUUUUGGCAUGACCAUUCAUUUUACUGUCACACUGUCAGUUCAAGCAACUGAUUUGGCUGUAGCUACAUUACAAAAAUUUUAAUUGGUUCUCUUUUGUAAUUUCAGUUAUUAUUUGCUCAAAUAUUUCAUUCAAAGCUAUAGUUAAGCUGCCUAGUUUUGUUUGCAUUUCAGGCUUAUUAUUACCUGUUGUUCCAUGGUGCUUUCAGUGAGCUAUAAAAUAGCUGGGAUCAAGACUUGCAUUAUUGCAUAUCAGUGAAAAAGAGGCUCUUUUCAAUCUUCCAGGAGUGAACAAUUUUAUUUCAUCAUUGAAGCAAAUAAUGAACAAUUAUUAGCAUCAGCCCUUAGAAUGUUGUGCUAAUGUGUGUGUUAGUAGCCAUCUUGAGUGUAAAGUUUACAUGCAUUCAUAGAGCCUAAAUGCUGUUUUCAAAGACAAGUACUUUGAAGAUGUGCGUAUGAUGCUCAUUUUUUAUGCCAUAAAGAUAAAUUGAGUGCAAACUGCAAAAAUAAAUGUGGAAAAAUAGGACAUAACUAAAGAGAUUUAAUAUUUAUAAAGAAUCCUCUAGAAGAAUUAGUGUCAUAUGCCAGUUAGGUUCUUUACUGCAGAAGGUAUCAAGCACAGAAUUGUCUUACUAUGACUGUAUAACUGCUGAAUAAUUUGCCACAAAAACAUUAGCACAAAGAAAUACACAUACAGAUACAUGAUGGUUCAUAGAUUUUGAAAUCACACUAACCCCUAGAGACAAGGCAUGGCAAACAUACCUGCUGCUAUUAAACUGAAUGAUGUGGUUGUAAGAGCACAGCUCAGCCACUCACUACCUUUCAUUGAAAAGGCAAUACACUGUACUUGCAUGCUACACUUGAGACAAAAUAGUGCAAUAUUCUCUUCCCUAUUCCUAUAUGCACAUACAAAAACUGGCCUAUUUCUCAUUCACCAUUACAUGUAUUACAUCACAAGAUACAUUACACAAUUGCUAUUUAUGAGAUACUUAGUCCUAAUUAUUUCCUGUUUAUAAUUCUAAUAAUAAAAAGGGUAAAAUAUGA